UUGUUUAUGCCUAGGCCGGCUAGUCCAACCGGCAAGACACGCCAGGGUAUCCCUCACGCCGGAUCCCCUCUCUCUCUCUCUCUCUCUCUCUCUCUCUCUGUCCUUGUGCCCGAAGCCAAAGCCCGGGACGCGACAGACGGCGCACGCGCUAGUCUGAAAUUCGGACCAAUUAUAACCGGUGAGCCUGUGGCGCCAGCGAGCCACAGCCGACCCCGCCAUGGCCGGCUCCACCGCGGUGCUGGCCGCCAUCCUGCUCAUCGACCUCGUCGCCUUCGGCCUCGCCAUCGGCGCCGAGCAGAGCCGCCCCUCGGCGAGCCUGGAGACGGACGCGAGGAAGGAGUGGACCUACUGCGUGUACCGCCCGGACGCGGCCACCGGGAUGGCCGGCGCCGCGCUCGCCCUGCUGCUCGUCGGCCAGGCGGUGGCCGCCGUCGCCAGUCGCUGCUUCUGCUGUGGCGCCGCGCUCCGCCCCGGCGGCGCCCGCGGCUGCGCCCUCAUGCUCUUCCUCUCCUCCUGGCUGACAUUUCUCAUUGCGGAGGCGUGCUUGCUGGCUGGGCUGGUGCAGUCCGCCUACCACACCGGCUACCGCACAGUGAUAUUUGAGAACCCACCGGACUGCGAGACGGUGCGUCGAGGCACAUUUGGGGCCGGCGCGGCCUUUGCCUUGAUCACCGGUGUGCUCACCGGGUUCUACUACUACAACUUCUCCAAGGCGCGGGUGGCCUACCAACGGCCGGAGGCUGCCAUCGGCAUGAGCCGGUAUAGCUGAAGAGUGGCGCCUGGUUGAGGAGGGGCUACCGGAGGCUCUGUGAAGCUGCUGUGACGCAUUGUGGGAAACGAUUCACCGUGAACUAGCGCAACAGUUUUGAUAACCGUUAUGUGGCCAUUUUAUAUAGAUUUUUGCACAUAUAAUGUGUGAGCCAUUCUCCCA